GACAUUAAGACAAAAUAUACAUUGUAACUAAACUAACAAAUUAGUUAGUUUUGUUACUUCUGUGUCAAUUCUUCUGUAAUUGAUACAGAAUAAAUCAAUUAUUUGCAAGGUAAAUGUGACUAAAUUAACCGUUGAGCUAUUUGCCUUAGCCCCACCAGCCAAAAAUAUGACUUAAUUCAUUCGUCUUAGUUUCAUUGGAAAAUAUUGAGAGGUCGUUUUCACCUUUGGUGGAUACACAUACGACAAUGACGAGUUUAGCCCAGUAGAUGGCGGUAACGGCCAAUGGUAAUUUUUUUAAGCUAAAUGCUAGUCUGACAGAUUUUGUAUUUAUGCACUAAGAACCAAAGACUGAUAACAUAUGUAUAAAAUAUACGUGACAAAUGCCUAAUGAAUAAAAGAGAAAGGGGAGAAACCCAGAUAUAAGCGGACCAUCGCAACAACAUCCAAAGAAGAAGUCAGUUGCCUAGCGACCCGUGGAAGCAUAAUAGCAGGUAGUAGCUAAACCUUCGGCUAACAAAAGGUGUUUGUGAACCAAAAGAGCCCUUAAAUGCCUCCGAAAAGGCGAGGACCGCUGCAACUCGCACAAAGAGAAGUGGACGAAAUCAAAAGACAGCUUGACAGUCUGGAAAAGAGCGUGAAGAGCCAAAAUGGAUCCAAAGAGGAGGCACUGCAAAGAUGCUACGAGUUGCAAGUUUCUGCAGAAAAGACUCUAAAGACUCUGCAGAAUUUGACAAAGGCUGAUGAGCUGGCUCCAGUGGGAAACUAUGACCAGAGGAAACUAGAAGAGGAGAGACGUCUGCAAAACAUCUUGGGGCGUCUGGUCACUCUGUCUCUGGAGCUUUCACCACCAGGCCCCAGCACUCAAGCUGGCAAUGUUUCAACAAAAGAUAUUGACAACAAUAGUGACGACGACGACGACAGCGACGAUAAUUUUGAGGAAGACAGUGAUGGUAAAGAUGAAGGGGAUGGAAGUACGCCUGAAAAGUCGCCCUCUCAGUCAGCCCCUCAAAUCUACAAGGUCCUCAGCGAUUUCAAAGCAGAGCAGGAAGGAGAUCUGUCUGUUCGGAAAGGAGAAGUGUUGAAGAUAAUUAAAAAGACAGCAGAUGGAUGGUGGCUGGCUCAGGACAAGAUAGGGAACAGAGGAGUUGUUCCUAAAACCUAUCUGAAGAUUGGCGUUGGUGUUAAUGAUGAGCAUGACAAGGAUUCGGAUGAGAAUUUGGAUGAGGAGGAGGAUGAAGACGAUGACGAAGAUGAUGAAAUCCAACAGUCGGAACAGGAAGAAGAGGAAGAUGAAGAUGUAGAUGAAGAUGAGGCCGACGAUGAAAACAAAACCAAAGCUUCUAACUGGUCAACUUUCAGAAAGGCUCUGACGGAGAUUGAUACAACAGAUGUGCUGUCAGCAAUGGGAGCCAUUCCUUCAGGAUUCAGGCCGUCAACUCUCAGUAAACUCCUGGCAGAAGAAGGGGAGCGAUAUAGAGGAAGUCAUUAUAUUCAACCUGAGCUCAGCCAAUCACAGCUUUCCUUUAAAGAUCUCUUUUUAGACCCAGACACCGGCAGGGUCCGUGCUCGCCAGGUCAGGAACUGUGUUUGUUUUAAUUUGUGGAGCUGCAAGAUGAUUCCCACUCCUGGGGUCGGAGUUCAGGUCCUCAGCAGACACAUCCGUAUGUGUGCUUUUGAUGGAACGCAGGUGUUGAGUAACAUCCACACGGUGAGGGCGUCGUACACCUCAAAGGACCCAAAGACAUGGAACUUCUCUCCGAGGAUGACCAGCAUCUUGCCAACUAUCCUGGACGGAGACUGCUUCCUUCGCUGCAACUCUUUGUCUCCGAACAUUGGAGUUCUUUUUGAACUUGGAGUCACUUUUUUGCGAAACUCGACAGGUGAGAGAGGAGACCUGAGCUGUGGUUGGGCUUUCCUCAAACUAACUGACGACAGCGGAAAUCCACUCCAAAACAGAACCUAUGAACUGCCAAUAAAUGGCGGAACGCCAUAUGAGAAGAAAGUCGUGUUGGAAGCACCCGUUUCGAGAAGAUCUCCGGGUGGCGUUUUUCAGCAGAUGCUCCAGGCCCGACGGCAGCCCAAACUGAUUGUUAAGUUGAAAUCGGCAAGCAGUCGGACCAGACUGCAACUCAGUCUCCUCCCGGACACUCUGCUGCACUGUCUGAGCUGUGUCCACCUGCUGGUCCUGCACCGCCAGCUGCUGGCCGACACGCUGCUCAUGGACAGACUCACCAUGCAGAAUGCAGAUCUUAUAUGCAGUCCAAUACUUUCAACUUUCCCAGUGCUGUUGGACCAGACUGACCUGCUAGAUGCCCUCAGGAGUGCCUGGCUGGAAGCUGAGACCAAUAUGAGCAGAACGCAAAAGCGAGACCUGUCAUAUCUGAAGCAGGAGUUUAGUAAAGUCUACAUGUCGUCGGUGUACUUCCUGCUGCACACGCCCUCUCUGCCCUGCUAUCGCUGGGCCGACCCGCCCUCAGAGGAACAGCGGGCCAGGGUCAUCUACAGCACCUUGGAGGCUCUGAAAAACUCCCAGCAAGCCACCGGCCAGUCAGCUUCCCCAGGAGUCUUUUUUGACUCCUCUCAUUCACAUCUUGCUUUCGAUGUCGAGGAGUUGACCUUUGAUCUCCUUUCCGUGAGACGGUAGCGACGACAUCGCCUCCAGGACUAAAACUGCCUGUGAUUGGCCGGGCUGGAUUUAGGAGGAUGCAGCUUUUCUGGGCUGAAGCCACCUUCUACCCAUGUAAACACAAGUGGACUGAUGGUUAUGAACUCGUUGAAGGGUUUUUUUUUUUUUUUAGGCAGUGUCCAAAUAAAAAUAAUUUGUUCUAAAACAAUCUGUGUAGGUGUCCAUCCUAAAAUAUUCUUUAUAGACUAGUGGAAAUUGCUAGAAAUAUCUUACUCCAAAAAAAAAAAAGAUCCAAAAUACCAUGACAACCUGUAUGGUGAGGUAAGUACAGAAACGCUUAAAAAAAAAAACUUGUGAAGCAUCUGCUUAAAUCUUACCAUUACAGGGGUCAGGGUGGAGGCAGGGUUACGACAUCAUAGAUUUAAAUAGUUACCUAUUGUUUACAUACAUUGGGUUUUUUUUAGCUGUGCUUCUCUAAUAUUUUUACUGGUGUGGUCUGGCCACUCCUAUGGAAUUUUUCUGGGAGUGCUACUGCCAGGCUAUUGUAAAAUGUACUUCAAUUUGUUCCCCCCCAAAAAUUAAAAUAUGCAAUUUUUGGAUUUUGUAACAGUUUUAAAUGAUAAUAAUAAUAAUAUAUGUAAUAAUAUUCAAUAUUACUAAAAAAAUAAAAAACAACAACACAGAAAACAGUUCAUGUUUGCAAUGCUGUUGCUUUUACAAUAAGCAAUUCUUAAUGAACCCAAGUCAUAAUCUAAAUUAACAGAUGUUCUUAAACAUCUGUUAAUUUAGAUGAACAGAUGUUUAACCGGCUGAAAGAUUUUUCAGCCGGUUUAGUGGCUUUCCUACCAAUAUCCAUUCUUGCACAUAUUACGGUGUGAUUGUGUAGAUGGAAUAAAAGCACUUUACAGUAAAAAGUAACAAUGUUUGCAUAUUUUAUUGUUUGUAUUUUUUUAAUAACAUCUUAAUAACAGAACUUUUGUUGGUAUCAACAUUUACCUGAGCUGCUCUUUCAGCUGUGUCCUCUGACGGGUCAUUGAGAAGCUCCAGUCUUCUCCACCCAUUAGUUCAACAUCAGUCGUGUGGGCGUGUGUGUGUGUGUAGUGUAGAGUUACAGGACAGCAGAACAGUGUUUGGAGUUAACAAUUAGCUGGCAUGGGGUUUUUUUUUUAGCCGGGUAUAAAAGCAGAGGAGCAGUGGGAGGUUGGUCCAGUGUGAGCUCAGAUGCUUGCGCUCACACAUCCGAAGCGACAUAUAAGUGCUGCAGAAAAUAUGUUGUGUAAUGUUGGAAUAAGUAAAAAUCAUAUACAGUAAAGAUUAUUGAAUGUCUUAUAAAUGUUUGAUUCUUGCUCUGGACAUUUGUAAUA